UCUGUCUGUAGAUAUGCGAGAAUACUCUCCCUACAACAGACUAGAACCUCUAUGUUGACCAGAUAAAAUAGAGCUUUUCAACAACAGCCCGUUGAAAAGAGUAAUUUCUCUUCUCUGCGGACCGUGGGUACACUGCAAUGAGCAUCUAGCCUGAUCCCAAAACCAUCAUCCAUUUGCUGUUACCUGAACCAUGUCGGCACGGCAAGGACUGCCGCCGUACGGUUGGUCCCUCCGCCCACCUUCUUCUCCCUUUCAAUCAAAUUUCCCGCCAGAUUUCGAGUCAACCUGGUCUCUUUCGUCGCCCCUUGACGCGCCGCGGUUUGACUAGACAGUCCCACACACGGACGUCGAUGGCGCCAUGGCCGUCCGACGUUCCUUAAAAGCACUCGCGAAUUCAAUUCGAUUCACUCACAUAUCAUUCACAUGUGAGUGAUUGAAGUCUGCAAGGAACAAAGAUCCCACGUGAAAUGGUGGCUCGUCACACUUGUCUGCUUCCGCUAGUUCUCGCUGCUCUGGCGGCGGCAUUGCUCGCGGUGGCGCCGGCCAUUGCUGAUGCCUCGGCGCCCGUGCACCUCGAGGCGCUGCUGGCGUUCAAGAAGGGCGUCACGGCCGACCCGCUCGGCGCGCUGUCCGACUGGACGGUGGGCGCUGGCGACGCCGUCCGCGGCGGGGUGCCGCGGCACUGCAACUGGACCGGCGUCGCCUGCGACGGCGCGGGCCGGGUCACGUCCAUCCAGCUGCUCCAGACCCAGCUCCAGGGCGCGCUCACGCCGUUCCUCGGCAACAUCUCCACGCUCCAGCUCCUCGACCUCACCGAGAACGGCUUCACCGACGCCAUCCCGCCGCAGCUCGGCCGCCUCGGCGAGCUCCAGCAGCUCAUCCUCACCGAGAACGGCUUCACCGGCGGCAUCCCCCCGGAGCUCGGCGACCUGAGGAGCCUGCAGCUCCUGGACCUCGGCAACAACUCCCUCAGCGGCGGCAUCCCGGGCCGCCUCUGCAACUGCUCGGCCAUGUGGGCGCUCGGCCUGGGCAUCAAUAACCUCACCGGACAAAUCCCCUCUUGCAUCGGCGAUCUCGACAAACUCCAGAUAUUCUCGGCCUAUGUAAACAAUCUGGACGGCGAGCUUCCGCCGUCAUUCGCCAAGCUCACGCAGAUGAAGUCGCUCGACCUCAGCACCAACAAGCUGUCCGGCUCGAUCCCGCCGGAGAUCGGCAACUUCUCGCAUCUCUGGAUUCUUCAGCUGUUCGAAAACCGGUUCUCCGGCCCAAUCCCGUCGGAGCUCGGCCGGUGCAAGAACCUGACCAUACUCAACAUAUACAGCAACCGGUUCACCGGCUCCAUCCCUCGCGAGCUUGGGGACCUCGUGAACCUGGAGCACCUGCGGCUCUACGACAACGCUCUGUCGUCCGAGAUCCCGAGCUCGCUCGGGCGGUGCACGUCGUUGGUGGCGCUCGGGCUGUCCAUGAAUCAGCUGACCGGCUCGAUCCCACCGGAGCUCGGCAAGCUCCGGUCGCUCCAGACGCUGACGCUCCAUUCCAACCAGCUCACCGGCACAGUUCCGACGUCUCUGACGAAUCUUGUCAACCUUACAUACCUGUCGCUCAGUUACAACUCCCUGUCCGGCCGGCUGCCGGAGGACAUCGGGUCGCUCAGGAAUCUUGAGAAGCUCAUCAUCCACACCAACUCCCUCUCCGGCCCGAUUCCGGCGAGCAUCGCCAACUGCACGUUGCUCUCCAACGUGAGCAUGUCGGUCAACGAGUUCACGGGCCACCUGCCUGCUGGGCUUGGCCGGCUACAGGGCCUUGUGUUCCUUUCAGUGGCCAACAACUCGCUGACCGGAGGCAUACCGGAGGACCUGUUCGAGUGCGGCAGCCUCCGCACGCUGGACCUGGCGAAGAAUAACUUCACCGGUGCUCUGAACCGGCGCGUGGGCCAGCUCGGCGAGCUCAUACUGCUGCAGCUGCACCGGAACGCGCUGUCGGGGACGAUUCCAGAGGAGAUCGGCAACCUGACGAACCUCAUCGGCCUGAUGCUAGGCGGGAACCGGUUCGCCGGCCGAGUACCGGCGAGCAUCUCCAACAUGUCGUCUUCCCUGCAGGUGCUGGACCUGUCGCAAAACCGCCUCAAUGGCGUCCUGCCCGACGAGCUCUUCGAGCUCCGGCAGCUCACCAUCCUCGACCUCGCGUCGAACAGGUUCACCGGCGCGAUCCCCGCCGCGGUCUCCAACCUCCGGUCGCUCUCCCUCCUCGACCUUUCGAAUAACAAGCUGAACGGAACGCUCCCCGACGGGAUCGGUGGGUCCGAGCAGCUCCUCACGCUGGACCUGUCGCACAACCGCCUCUCGGGCGCGAUCCCCGGCGCAGCGAUCGCGGCCAUGAGCACCGUGCAGAUGUACCUCAACCUGUCCAACAACGCGUUCACGGGCCCGAUACCACGGGAGGUGGGCGGCCUCACAAUGGUCCAAGCCAUCGACCUGUCGAACAACCAGCUCUCCGGCGGCAUCCCGGCGACGCUGUCCGGCUGCAAGAACCUGUACUCGCUCGAUCUCUCGGCGAACAACCUCGUCGGCACCCUCCCGGCGGGGCUCUUCCCCCAACUCGACCUCCUGACGAGCCUCAACGUCUCCCACAACGACCUCGACGGAGAGAUCCACCCUGAUAUGGGUGCGCUGAAGCACAUUCAGACGCUUGACCUGUCGAGCAACGCGUUCGGCGGGACCAUACCGCCGGCGCUGGCGAACCUCACGAGCCUGAGGGAUCUCAACCUGUCUUCCAACAACUUCGAGGGUCCCGUGCCGAACACCGGCGUAUUCAGGAACCUCAGCGUGUCGAGCCUGCAGGGGAAUCCUGGCCUCUGCGGGUGGAAGCUCCUCCCGCCGUGCCACGCCGCCGGCGCUGGGAAGCCGCGGUUGUCUAGGACAGGGCUCGUGAUACUCGUCGUGCUGCUGGUGCUGGCGUUGCUGCUGCUCUUUUCACUCGUGACGAUUCUAGUUGUUGGCUGCCGGCGAUACAAGAAGAAGAAGGUGAAGUCUGACGGCUCCUCCCAUCUGUCGGAGACCUUCGUCGUGCCGGAGCUGAGGAGAUUCUCGUACGGCGAGCUGGAGGCGGCCACCGGCUCGUUCGACCAAGGCAACGUCAUCGGGAGCAGCAGCCUGAGCACGGUGUACAAGGGCGUGCUCGUCGAGCCCGACGGCAAGGCCGUCGCCGUGAAGCGGCUCAACCUGGAGCAGUUCCCGGCCAUGUCCGACAAGAGCUUCCUCACGGAGCUCGCGACGCUGAGCCGGCUGAGGCACAAGAACCUGGCGCGGGUGGUCGGGUACGCGUGGGAGGCCGGCAAGAUGAAGGCCCUGGUCCUGGAGUACAUGGACAACGGCGACCUCGACGGCGCGAUACACGGUCCGGACGCGCCGCAGUGGACCGUGGCGGAGCGGCUGCGCGUGUGCGUCUCCGUGGCGCACGGGCUCGUGUACCUGCACUCCGGCUACGGCUUCCCCAUCGUGCACUGCGACGUGAAGCCCUCCAACGUCCUGCUGGACGCCCACUGGGAGGCACGCGUCAGCGACUUCGGCACCGCGCGGAUGCUGGGCGUCCACCUGACGGACGCGGCGGCUCCCGACUCGGCGACGUCGUCGGCGUUCCGGGGCACCGUCGGGUACAUGGCACCAGAGUUGGCGUACAUGAAGAGCCCCUCGCCGAAGGCGGACGUGUUCAGCUUCGGGGUCAUGGUGAUGGAGCUGUUCACCAAGCAGAGGCCGACGGGGAACAUCGAGGAUGACGGCGUGCCGAUGACGCUGCAGCAGCUCGUCGGUAACGCCAUCGCCAGGAACCUUGAGGGCGUCGCCGGCGUGCUGGACCCCGGCAUGAAGGUGGCCACCGAGAUAGACCUGUCCACGGCCGCGGACGCGCUGCGCCUGGCCUCGUCGUGCGCUGAGUUCGAGCCCGCGGACCGGCCCGACAUGAACGCCGUGCUCUCCGCGCUCCUCAAGAUGAGCAGAGCCUGUGGGGGAGAGUAGAGCCGAGCUGCAGCAUUUGCUCCAUGUAAGAGGAGAUUCCAUGCUCCAGCAGCGAGCAAAAAUACAGCACGCACAAACCACAUAUACAUUUCAAAAAAGAGGAACAAAAAUGAUCAAACAAACAAAAUAAAUCAACAAUAAAUAGUCAUUACAACUCAAACAAGUAGUUUAUCGUUCAGUACAACAAAUAAUGCAAUAAACACAAUUCAAAAAAGAGGAGCAAAAAUGUUCAAUACUAUACUCGUUGGAGAUGCUCUAAGGUAAACGCUUCCACCCAAAACUCUUACUCGUGCGAUUCGCUCGCCCAAAACUCUUAAAACAAAUGUGGUUCAUUGUAACAAAAAACAACUUCUAUGUUUCACUUUGUAAACACAAGAUCACUUCGUUCUAGGUGUAGUUCACUUGUUUGUGCCUCGCGGUUCAUUUCUUCACGACAAGGGGUUCAUUAAAAGUUAGAAAAAGAACAAAACAAAUCACGCACUUCAUUUGUACGUCGGAUGCAAUGCUGUUUUUCGUGUGAAGCAGUAUAAUUUUCUAUCUAGUGCGGUUUAAUUCAUCGAGAGUCAACUUUCUCGUAUGAGAAAAUUUAUGUCUCACAAAAAAACCAUGAAGUUCAUUUGUCCGUAGUAUGUAGUGGUUUGUCGUUUGAAGAAGUGCGUUUUUCUAUCUGAUGCAGUUCAUACGUCAAUUGCGAUGUCACGAAAAAAUAGAGUGUCCGUAAUAGUAAUUUUAAAACUGCUCUUAAACUGUAUGGAACUGGAGAGAGUGUUCUACAUGAAAAAAGUUGUGCCUCGUGGAUA